UUUUUUCUUCUUAGCAGCUCAGCAAGCGCGCACACGUGCGGCAACACGAACUCGAGCUCCCCACUUUUCCCCACCCGAAACCCUCGCCUCCGCCGCCGCACCAUGCCGCCGCCGCCGGUGCUGAUGGACGAGCUCGUGGAGGAGGUCCUCCUCCGCCUCCCGCCGGACGAUCCCGCCUCGCUCUUCCGCGCCUCCGCCGUCUGCAAGCCCUGGCGCAUCAUCCUCGCCGGCCCGCGCUUCCGCCGCCGCUACCGCGAGUUCCACGGAACACCUCCCAUCCUGGGACUCUUCCAGCAGGGCGGCCGCUUCGUCCCCGCCUCCGCCCUCGUCCCUGCCCACCCCGGCCUCCCCAGCUGGGUUGCCAUGGACUGCCGCCAUGGCCGCGCCCUCUUCGCCCACCUCGGGAUCACCCUUGAACUCGUCGUCUUGGACCCUGUGACGGGCCACCAGCACAGGGUGACCUCGUCCUAUCACUAUCCGGUCACCGUCGGUGCGGCGGUGCUCUGUGCCGCGCAAGGCUGCGACCACCACGGUUGCCAGGGAGGGCAUUUCCAUCUGGCCUUUGUGUCCACCGACCAGGUCGGAACCAUAUCGGCCUGGCUGUACUCAUCUGAGACUGCCGAGUGGAGUAAGUUCACCUCUCUUCACCACUCAAAUGCUCACCACUCAAAUGCUUUGCUUCAAACAUUUAGUGAGGCUAGUGUCCUUGUGGGCGAGGCGCUCUACUUCAACAUGGGUUACAUUGUGGAGUGCCAACUUGGUACACUCCGCAUAUCAAUGUUCAAGAAGCCGAUCGACGGCAAGGGGUGUCUCAUGACGGCGGAAGACGGCACGCUGGGAUUUGCUGCCGUGGUGGAUGUCGCAAAUCUAACCCUUUGGUCAAUGGAGACCGGACCCGAGGGAGCCACUGGAUGGGCGAAACUCAGGGUAAUUGAUCUUAAGGCGCUGCUCCCUGAUGGAUCCUUCUUGAUCCGAGCACCUGAAGAUGGGAUUUGGAGCAUCACAAAGGUUAUCCCAGCACCUAAAGCUGGGAUUAUUGGCAUUGCGGAGGGUACCCAAGUCAUAUUUGUGAGCACAUAUGCUGGUUCCUACAUGGUCGAUCUCAAGUCUCGACAAGUCAGGAAGGUGUCUCGUCCGGGCAAAAUUAUCUUUCCCUACAUGAGCUUCUACCUCCCAGCAAUGGAAGCAGCUUCUACGGGCCAGGGGCAGUGAGCUGGUGUUCAAGUGUUUGCCAAGCUCUAGUUGCUGGUGCAUCUGGAUCAAGUGAGUGUGGCUCUGGAUCUGUAGGAAGUAGUUGUUCUGUAGUAACUUUGUAUAGGCCGUGUUAAGGUAGGACCAAUGCUGCCGGUCUUAGUAUUGGUGUAUGGAACUUCGUUUAGGAAGCUGUUCCGUAGUCAAAACUGAUCAGGUUAGUUGUAAUCACCAUGCUCAGAUUUAGUUCAUUUUGAACUAACCUCC